AUGAAGACGAUCCUCUUUCUCCUCGCUGUUUUCCUCCUUCUGGCCCCAGCCAGGAAUGCAUUUUUUGAUGAGAAAUGCCUCAAGCUUAAAGGGAGAUGCGUGAAAUCCUGUAAGAAAAAUGAAGAGCUUGUUGCUCUCUGCCAGAGGGCUCUGAAAUGCUGCCUCGCCCUCCAGCCAUGUUCCGACAGUGACAAGCAGGAUUCCAUCAAGAAGAAGAUUCCCAGGACCACCGAGUCUUCCCCCCACAAAACCUGCUCCAAUGUCUUGCCUCUUAUCCUCGGUGCCAUUGCUCACACUGACUGA